UUUCAUUAUCAAAGGCUAAAUUUAUUCUUGUUGAUUAUAUGUUCAUACAAUGAUUAUUAGAUAUUAUUCAUUAAUUCAAUUCAUUAUAAUACUGAUAUGUUUUGUAAAAUAUAUGAAUUGUAUACCAACCAAUAUAUCACAUUUUAAUGAUAGUUUUACGACUACUACUACUACUACAAGUACAACUACAGCGACUACUACUACAGCCACUACGACUCCCACUACUACUACUACUACUACUACUACUACUACAGCUAGCACGACUCCCACUCCUCCUCCUCCUACUACUACUACUACUACUACAGCUACCACGACUCCAACUACUACGACUACCACUCCUCCUCCUCCUACUACUACUACUACCACUAUAGAUACUACUAAUACUGUUACUACUACUGAGCCUACAACUUCUGUACCAACUACAACUCAUAGUGUAAUUGAUACUACAAAUAUGGAGACUACUAAAGUGACAGUAACCACCAAUACAACUAAUUCAACAAUAAUUUCACUGAAUUCUACAAAUAGUUCUUUCCCACGUACCCAUAGAUCUUUAAACACAGAAGAUGAGAAUCAUUUAUCAGAAAAGAUUACAAGUACUAUUGAGUUUAUGACAAGUACAGUUUCACCAUCAACUACAACUAUGGACAUAAAUGAAACAACAACUGAAGAAUAUACAACCACAACAUUAUCAUCAUCAACAACAACACAAGAAGAACUUGUUAGUCAUUUAAAGAAUAUGACUACAUCACCAACACCUGGAAUAAAUUCAACCAAUAUUCCUUCAAAUAAUACAACUGAAGAAUAUACCACCACAACUUCAUCACCAACAACACAAGAACAACUUGCUAGUCAUUUAAAGAAUAUGACUACAUCAUCAACACCUGGAAUAAAUUCGACCCAUAUUCCUUCAAAUCAUUCUAGUCAUUCAACUCGACGUCAUACUAUAAAAGGAAGAGUUAUUUUAGCUACAACACGUGAAAGAGGUAGUAGAGUAUGGGGAUUAACUGCAAGAAAAGCUGAAAUAGCUUGUCAUCGAUUUGUGAAAAAUCGUAAAAUUAUUGCACCACUAACUAAUAGAACAACAAACAAGGUAUUACAUAAAAAGGGUAUGAAACCAAGUGAUUUAUAUCAAGGUCAUCUGCUGUCUGUUAGUUCAAAUGAGGAAAUUAUACAUUUAGUAAGCCUCAUGGGUAAUGUACCAGUUGGAUCAUAUUGGACAGGUGGUAGAUUAGUAAGAUCAAAACAUACUGGAAUUUAUGAUGGAAGUACUAUGAACUCGAGGAUAAUGUUAACAUGGUCGGAUGGUCGAACUACACCUGCAAACAUAUUGGGUAUAACUAAUGAGGAUGAGAAUAAUCUUGAACCAGGUGUGACAUAUUGUCUGUCAUUAGAUAUUGUACGACUUACAUGGCAAGCUCGUGAUUGUGAACAUCGUUUACCGUAUGCAUGUUUGAUUACUGUACGAAAUGUUCUUAUUCAAACUAACACUGGUAAUUCAUCAAUUGUUGUUAAAACACCUCAGUCCAUUAAUGGUACACAAACUUUUGUCAAUCAUAGUAAUAUUACUUCGAAAAGUCAUGGAGAAGUACUUGAAAAUUCCACUACAUUUGUCAACAAUUCAGUAAAUAGUCAACAUUUGAAAAAUAAUCAAACCGUUUCAUCUUUAUCAGAGAUCACUCCAGCAACUCCAACAUUCACAACCAAUGCAGCAAGUACUACAGAGAAUUCGUCUAUUGUGACAAAUACUACUGCAUCAUCUCAUGAUCAGAAUAGUUUACAUUUAGUUACCACAACCGCAUCUACCGUACCUCCCAAGGUGACUGAGAAUAGUGAUUUAAAGCAAAGCAGUGGAAAUUCUUCCAAGACACAGUCUACAGAAUCCACUUCUGAAAAUAAUCACACUGUUGAUGUUCCCCCUCUUCCCAAAGCUCAACUGUUUGACAGUGAUGACGAUAAUGAUAACGACAAUGAUCGUGAUGACGAUGAUGAUGAUAAGGAUGACGAUGAUGAUGAUGAUGAUGAAAAUGAAGAUGUUCAGAAUAGAAAUAGAAAAAGAAAACUUUUUGGAGGUCCAGAUGAUUUUGAUGAAGAGGAUCUAGAGUCGAUAUUGAGUGGCAUUUCUCAAAUACACAUAACACGACCACCAGUUAUUACAACAACAACAACAACUACUACUACCACUACUACUCCUGCUACUACUACUACUACAACUACCACUACUACUACUCCUGCUACUACUACUACUAUCACUACUACUCCUACUACUACUACAACUCUUCCUCCCACUACUGUUGCUCCUGCAACCGCUCCCACUACGACUAUUACUUCUACUACCAAUACUAAUCCUCAUAAUGAUAUCACUACGGAUAAUACUAUACCAGCUAGAACACACUUACGGGAAUCGGUUAUGCUAACGACACCAGCAAAUAAUGAGUCACAGUUACUGUGGAAAACGCUGUCUAAUUCGACAGUAAGUGUCGAAACUACUUCCACUACAGCUAAUCCUGGUGUUGCUUCCACUAUCACUGCUACUACUCCUACUGAAUCUUCUACUUCCACGACUGUUGCUGCUGCUACAACCACUAAUAGUACAGCUGCAGCCAAUGGAGAAAUGUUCACAGAAAAAGCUACUGAAAAUAUUGAGAUGACGAGUGAAACAUCACCGACACCAGCUGAAGCGAACUUACAGGAAUCGGCUAUGCUAACGACACCAGCAAAUAAUGAGUCACAGUUACUUUGGAAAGCGCUGUCUAAUUCGACGGUAAUUGUUGAAACUACUUCAUCUACAGCUAAUCCUGGUGUUACUUCCACUACCACUGCUACUACUCCUACUGAAACUACUGCUUCUUCGACUGUUACUGCUGCUACAACCAGUAAUAGUACAGCUGCAGCCAAUGGAGAAAUGUUCACAGAAAAAGCUACUGAAAAUAUUGAGAUGACGAGGGAAACAUCACCGACAACAGCUGAAGCGAACUUACAGGAAUCGGCUAUGCUAACGACACCAGCAAAUAAUGAGUCACAGUUACUUUGGAAAGCGCUGUCUAAUUCGACGGUAAUUGUUGAAACUACUUCAUCUACAGCUAAUCCUGGUGUUGCUUCCACUACCACUGCUACUACUCCUACUGAAUCUUCUACUUCCACGACUGUUGCUGCUGCUACGACCACUAAUAGUACAACUGCAGCCAAUGGAGAAAUGUUCACAGAAAAAGCUACUGAAAAUAUUGAGAUGUCGAGUGAAACAUCACCGACACCAGCUGAAGCGAACUUACAGGAAUCGGUUAUGCUAACGACACCAGCAAAUAAUGAGUCACAGUUACUUUGGAAAGCGCUGUCUAAUUCGACGGUAAUUGUUGAAACUACUUCAUCUACAGCUAAUCCUGGUGUUACUUCCACUACCACUGCUACUACUCCUACUGAAACUACUGCUUCUUCGACUGUUGCUGCUGCUACAACCACUAAUAGUACAACUGCAGCCAAUGAACAAAUGUCUACAGAAAAAUCGAAUGAAAAUACUGAGAUCUCGAAUGAAACAUCACCGACACCAGCUGAAGCGAACUUACAGGAAUCGGCUAUGCUAACGACACCAGCAAAUAAUGAGUCACAGUUACUUUGGAAAGCGCUGUCUAAUUCGACGGUAAUUGUUGAAACUACUUCAACUACAGCUAAUCCUGAGGUUUCUAUCACUACCACUGCUACUACUCCUACUGAAACUACUGCUUCUUCGACUGUUACUGCUGCUACAACCAGUAAUAGUACAGCUGCAGCCAAUGGAGAAAUGUCCACAGAAAAAGCUACUGAAAAUAUUGAGAUGACGAGUGAAACAUCACCGACACCAGCUGAAGCGAACUUACAGGAAUCGGCUAUGCUAACGACACCAGCAAAUAAUGAGUCACAGUUACUUUGGAAAGCGCUGUCUAAUUCGACGGUAAUUGUUGAAACUACUUCAUCUACAGCUAAUCCUGGUGUUACUUCCACUACCACUGCUACUACUCCUACUGAAACUACUGCUUCUUCGACUGUUACUGCUGCUACAACCAGUAAUAGUACAGCUGCAGCCAAUGGAGAAAUGUUCACAGAAAAAGCUACUGAAAAUAUUGAGAUGUCGAGUGAAACAUCACCGACACCAGCUGAAGCGAACUUACAGGAAUCGGCUAUGCUAACGACACCAGCAAAUAAUGAGUCACAGUUACUUUGGAAAGCGCUGUCUAAUUCGACGGUAAUUGUUGAAACUACUUCAACUACAGCUAAUCCUGAGGUUUCUAUCACUACCACUGCUACUACUCCUACUGAAACUACUGCUUCUUCGACUGUUACUGCUGCUACAACCAGUAAUAGUACAGCUGCAGCCAAUGGAGAAAUGUUCACAGAAAAAGCUACUGAAAAUAUUGAGAUGACGAGGGAAACAUCACCGACAACAGCUGAAGCGAACUUACAGGAAUCGGCUAUGCUAACGACACCAGCAAAUAAUGAGUCACAGUUACUUUGGAAAGCGCUGUCUAAUUCGACGGUAAUUGUUGAAACUACUUCAACUACAGCUAAUCCUGAGGUUUCUAUCACUACCACUGCUACUACUCCUACUGAAACUACUGCUUCUUCGACUGUUACUGCUGCUACAACCAGUAAUAGUACAGCUGCAGCCAAUGGAGAAAUGUUCACAGAAAAAGCUACUGAAAAUAUUGAGAUGACGAGUGAAACAUCACCGACACCAGCUGAAGCGAACUUACAGGAAUCGGCUAUGCUAACGACACCAGCAAAUAAUGAGUCACAGUUACUUUGGAAAGCGCUGUCUAAUUCGACGGUAAUUGUUGAAACUACUUCAUCUACAGCUAAUCCUGGUGUUACUUCCACUACCACUGCUACUACUCCUACUGAAACUACUGCUUCUUCGACUGUUACUGCUGCUACAACCAGUAAUAGUACAGCUGCAGCUAAUGAAGGAAUGUUCACAGAAAAAGCUACUGAAAAUAUUGAGAUGUCGAGUGAAACAUCAUCGCCACUUAAUAAUUCAUAUAUGAUGAGGUCCUCAGAAUCCCCUAUUUUAUCAAGUGAUUCCUUCGAAGAAGGUUUUACUUCUACAACCACUAAAACACACUUACAGCAAUCGACUCUUCCUACAACACGAGCAAAUAACGUGUCGAAAUUGUUGAUAAGAACAAUAUCGAAUUCGACACUAAAUGUUGAAACACUGUCAACUCCGCUAAUGGAAUCUGCAGAACAAACGAUAUCCACACCAGAACCAUUAGCAACGGAAAUCUCAUCUACGUUAACAGCACCGAUGUCACUUCAAUCAGUGUUAACAACUGAACCAACCCUUUCAACAACAUCUACAGAGCUUCAAUCAGAAGGAAUAGCUGAGUCGAUAGGCUUGGAGAAUGUCACCACAUCUGAGGUCACAACACCAACGACAUUACAACCAACUAUAUCAUCCGAGUCGAAUACAACUGUCGGAUUAGAAUCAACAGAAAAUGCACUUGGAUCUAAUACACCUUUGUCAACACAAUCAAUAACCGUGUCUGAAUCAACAAUACCAACAGAGUCUAUGGUUAUGGAAACUCCGCAAUCUAUAAUAGUAACUUAG